CAAAAAAACCAAUAUAAAAGGAAAAAAAAAAAAACAAAUGCAUUGUAGAUUGCCUUAUACGAUGACGUAAUAAUAAUAAAAAUCAGGAAAAUGGGUAAUCCGUUCGUGAGAAGCGGAUUGAGCUUCUCCGUUCCAACCAGCAUUCUUCCGCCACUUAAACCCCUGCACGAAACACGCCUCACUAGGAUUCCGAUUGGAUUUCCGAAACACCGCCGGACGCUUCCGCCGCACUCAUCCUCCUCCUCAAACUUUGCCAUCAUUUCCACAACCGAGUCAUGGGAUGGCAGCCUUCUCUUCCGCUUUGGGGACGAGAGCGAGAAAUCUGUUACUACUGAAACAGAAACUGAUGCUCAAAGUCAUCUGGAGGAUGCCGUGCAAGAUUCAGAAUUGAGCCAAACAUUGUUGGGAAGAAGAGGGAGUGGUGGUGGCGGUGGUGCUGCCGCUGAGGAGAAUGCUGUUGAUGCGAUUUCAGUGACGAGCACCAACAAUGCGACCAAUGGUGGUAGUGGCGGUGGUGAAGAAACCACAACUACAACCACAAUUACAACCACAACCAUAACAGAUGAAACUCAAGUCAGCAAUGAAAUUGAUGCUUUUCCAGCAAUUAGCAGCGCCGAGGCCGAGGAGAAUGCUGUUGAUGUGGUUUCAGUGACGAGCACUGGCUUUGCAAGGGGUGGCGGUAAUGGUAGUGGUGAAGAAAUCACAACCACAACUACAACCACAACAGGAGAAACCCAAGUCAGCAAUGAAAUUCAUGCUUUUCCAGCAAUUGGUGGCGCCGAGGAGAAUGCUGCUGAGGAGAAUGCUGUUGAUGCGGUUUCAGUGACGAGCACCAACAAUGCAACUGGUGGUGGCAGUGGUGAAGAAACCACAACUACAAUCACAACCACGGCCACACCAACCACCACAGCAGAUGAAACUCAAGUCUCACCAGUGCUGAGAAUGGCCCCUUCCACAAAUCCAGAAGAUGAAUUCACAGAGGGUAAAGCUGAUACAACAGAUGUUUCAGGAAUAUCAACUUCUAGGAUAGUGGAAUUCAAUACAGUUGAAAGCGCGUCUGAUGGGGAGGACGUAUCUGCGGCCGUUCUUCAACUAUCUUCUAGUGCUGCAUUAUUACCCCAUCCCUCAAAGGCAUUGACAGGUGGGGAGGAUGCUUACUUUGUUGGUUGCCAAAAUUGGUUAGGUGUGGCCGAUGGAGUGGGUCAGUGGUCACUAGAAGGGGUUAAUCCUGGACUAUAUGCUCGUGAACUCAUGGAGAAUUGUGAAAGGUUCAUAUCCGAUUGCAAAGGUUUACCAUUGACUGAACCAGAAGAAGUCCUUAUUAAAGGUUCAUCAAAUACAAAAUCUCCUGGAUCAUCCACGGUUCUGGUUGCUUAUUUUGAUGGUCAGGCUCUUCAUGUGGCCAACAUUGGAAACUCGGGAUUUAUCGUUAUUAGAAAUGGUGCUGUCUUUGAAAAAUCAUCACCAAUGGUUCACGAAUUCAAUUUUCCAGUACGGGUUGAAAGAGGUGAUGAUCCCUCAGAACUUAUAGAGAAAUACCGAAUUGAUUUGGAUGAGGGAGAUGUGGUUGUCGCUGCAACAGAUGGCCUUUUCGAUAACUUGUAUGAGCAAGACAUCACCUCAAUUGUAUUGAAGUCACUGCAAACCCGAUUGGAACUACAGGACAUAGCAGAGUUGUUAGCCACUAGUGCACAAGAGCUGGGGCGAUCUAAAUCUACAAGGAGCCCAUUUGCUGAUGCAGCCAAGGCAUCUGGGUAUGCCAGAUAUAGUGGCGGCAAGCUUGACGACGUGGUCGUUAUCCUGUCAUAUGUAGCAAAGAAACCUGUCGGUACCUUACGUGUGUAGGGUGGUUUACUUAGGAGCUCUCAAUCAAGCGCAAUUAUGCCGGAAAGCUCCAUGCUUGCCAGGCAAAAAGAUGAAAAGGAAAAGGGAAGGAAGCUCAUGAUUUUAUGCCCAACUUUACAAACAACGGCUGCCUAUGAUGAUCAUCAUUUGGCCAAUGGCAACACCUUUUUUACUAUGAUAUUGCCUCCUAUUGCUGGCUUUCUUUCACAACUCAUCAUCUCCAUCUGCACCGAUUUUUCUUGAGUAAGUGCAUGCAUUCAGUGGUGACACAUAUUUGAUGUUCAGAACAACAUUAAGUGUCCGUCUCAUGGAGCUUAUAUGAAACAGGUUUAGCACCAUUGUAGUGUUCCAUUCUAAUAAAACUUUGAUAUGUGUACGUUUUUUAACACGUUAUUGUUUUAGUACAAUGAGAAAGUAUGUAACAAUAAACUCGUUUCAUAUAAA